GUGCACCGCGCCGACAGCUUCUUCCUCGCGACAAAAAUGGCGGCUCCUUUAACACUUCUUCUGCUAGUAGCUGUGACAAUAAGAGCCGUUUUAUUCAGAUCCAAUUUGGCAGAAUUAAUUUCCGAGAGGGUAGAGGUGGUGUCGCCGUUGAAUGCGUGGAAACGAGUUGUGGAGGGUCUUGCCUUGUUGGAUCUGGGGGUCUCGCCUUACUCAGGAGAUGUGUUUCAUGAAACACCCCUUAUGAUAUACCUCUUUCAUUUUUUGGUUGACUAUGCAGAGAUUGUUUUUAUGAUAGCAGAUGGAAUCACAGCAGUGGCUCUUUAUCUGUCAGUCCAGAUUUAUAACAAGAAUGUGUUUAGAAAACAGAAAUAUGCCUUGGAAUCGGAGCGGUAUCCUGCUGACUGUUUGGAGCUCCUCCGCUCUCCUAAGGAGAUGUUCUACAUCCCACUCAAGGUUGCCAUGUUUUAUCUGUUGAACCCCUUCACCAUCCUGUCUUGUGUGGCAAAGUCGACUUGUGGGCUGAACAAUGCCAUUAUCGCGCUAUUCAUCCUCUGUACUUUGAAAGGUAGUGCGUUGCUGAGUGGGAUAUUGUUAGCUUUGGCCACAUAUCAGUCCAUGUAUCCUCUGACCCUGUUUGCUCCUGCACUGCUGUUCUUCCUGCAGAGGUUGUAUAUCCCAGUAAACCUAACGAGGAGCAGCUUCUGGUUCUUCACUCUUCAGUAUGCGUUCAUAUAUUUUGGCAGUCUGGUCGUGAUCACUGGACUCUCAUUCUUCCUAUUGGGAUCCUGGGACUUCAUUCCUUCUGUCUAUGGAUUCAUACUUUCUGUUCCAGACCUCACUCCAAACAUCGGACUCUUCUGGUAUUUCUUCGCAGAGAUGUUUGAGCACUUCCGUCUCUUCUUCAUUUGUGUCUUCCAGAUCAACGUCUUUUUUUACACCGUCCCGCUCUCCAUCAAACUCAAGGAGCAUCCAGUGUUCCUCAUGUUCAUGCAGAUUGCCAUCAUCUCCAUCUUUAAGUCCUAUCCCACUGUGGGAGAUGUCGCCCUCUACAUGGCCUUUUUGCCAGCCUGGAGUCACCUUUAUCGAUUUCUGAGAAACAUAUUUCUGGUGUCAUGUGUGCUGUUGGCGUGCUCUGCGCUCUUCCCUGUACUCUGGCAUCUAUGGAUUUAUGCUGGCAGUGCCAACUCUAAUUUCUACUAUGCCAUCACGUUGCUUUUCAACUUUGGACAGAUCCUCCUGGUUUCCGAUUAUUUCUACGCAUAUCUUCGUCGAGAACAUCACCUGACGAACGGCCUCUACCUAAAGAAGAAAGACGGCACUGAAGCCACUCUAGUUUUAAAGUGACCUUCUUUCACAAGACUGAGACCUCUCGCUGACUGCCUCACACUCCCUUAUCUUUGCUUUUUAUUUUGUUUUCCAUCCACACUACGGUUAUUUCCAGCUCUUCAACACUCUCACUUCAAUUUGCCUCUGUUUUUUUUUAUAAUUAUUUUGCACAUUUGAGAGUUUGGAUGUUAAACCUCCCCCCUUGGACCAAAGCAGUUUUUGUAAGAGACAUUUUGAUAACGGGAGCCAAUUGAUACAGGAACUUUACUACCUUUGGCUCACAUGCAUGAUGUAAGACGGAGGUAGGUUUGAUCAAAAGGUUUUUUCACCUUUUUAUUUUGCUUGUCGUCUUUUUUUAUUGUCUAAAAUGGUUCGUUUUCUAUAUCCAAACUCCAUUCACGGUUUACCGAGCAGUUUGAAGUAAUGGUCAGCAGAUGGCAUAACAUGAAUGUGCAGUGAGGAUAAAACAUUUGACUGUAAGGGGCCCAAACUGACCAGCCCCUCAAGAGCAUUUGUGGACAUUUUACUAGGCAGAGGUUCGAAUGUUUCUAAUUUGAUGUAACCAUAAAGUAAUAUCUUUCGUAUUACAGCUUUUGUUUGUUUUUUUAUGUUCGUACAAAAUAGGGGAUUACGCUGCACUGCAGUUUUAUUUAUUAUUGAAUCGGCACUGGUUUGAUUUAUUGUUCUGAUUUAUGAAUUUCUUGGGAUUAUGAAUUAAUCGCCUGGAUUUGCUUUGAUCUGUGUGUUUUGAGCUUAUGCCAGAGCACAUGAAUUGAUUGCCUGGACACCUUUCAUGGCCAAGCCCUCCUGUGAUUUAGACUCUGUAGUCCUUUAGAAGAUGGAAUUUUCCAUCGCCUGUUUUCGUUCUAGACUUUUCUUAAUAAUCCGCCCUUUAGCCAAGUAGCAAGACGUAAACAUCCGGGUGGCUUUGAUUAUGAGGUCAAUCGUUUCAAAGUCUAGCGUCUAGCAAAGUCAUGACUAAAGUAAUAAAGAGGCAGAUACAGAAUGGUUUACAAACAUUUGCUCAUCAUUUUAUCGUCAUCGCAACUUAUGUUGACCUUAUAUGACUUAUGAUUUAAAUGGCAAAUAUAUAUUGAUUAAUAUACUAAACUUUAUAUAAUAUAAAGUAUUAAUAUGUAGAAUAUAAACAAAAGAAACUAUGGAGACACUUCACAAUAAUGAUGGUUAACAUAUUUACUAACAAGACCAAACAAUGAACAAUACACUUAUUACAUAAAUUAUUAUUUACAUUUAUUACAUCUUUCUUAAUAAUUCAUUAGUAAAUGUUGGAAUUGUCAUUAUUGCUCGUUCUUAGUUUAUGUUAAUGUAACAGAGGUCAGCUAGCAAAGUGCUAUCAAGGUAAACCACACUCCUCUGACCUCAAAAGGUGCUCUGGCGACAGACACUGGAGGCCAUGGUCUAUAGACUCCAUGUUAGAGCAACUGACUCCCAUGCAAAGAAUCGCAGCUUUGAUCCCAACUCAGACUGGGUUGGGUACAGUAGGACCAGUGGGUUACAUGUGGGGGCUCGUCCGGGAUGGGAGUGAGGUUUAGAGGGAUAAGUGUAACAGGCUAGCUAGCGAAGUGCUAUCAAGGUAAACCUUACUUCUCUGACCUCAAUAGGUGCUCUAGCGACAGACGCUAGAGGCCAUGGUCUUUAGCCUCCUUGUUAGAGCAACCGACUCCCAUGCAAAGAAUCGCCAAUUCGAUCCCAGCUCAGACCGGGUUGGGUACAGUAGGACCAGUGGGUUACAUGUGGGGGCUCGUCUGGGAUGGGAGUUUAGGGGGGAGUUUAGGGGGGUGAGUAUAACAGAGGCCAGCUAGCGAAGUGCUAUCAAGGUAAACCACUUCCUCUGACCUUAAAAGGUGCUCUAGCGACAGAUGCCUCCUUGUUAGAGCAACCGACUACCAUGCAAAGAAUCACCGGUUUGAUCCCAGCUCAGAUCGGGUUGGGUACAGUAGGACCAGUGGGUUACAUUAGCAAAUACAUUCACUCAUGGAACAUUAUCGUAAAGUGUGACUAAAUUGAUUAUUAACAGUAAUAUAGACCAUUUUGAGGGAUGUAAACAAAAACAAUGGACCCAACUUAUAUCCUGUUUUACAUUUUUGAAUUUCUAUAGCUUUCCAGAAUCCAAAAAGAGACACAUAUUGAUAAAUAAUAUUAUGAUAGCUGUUUUAACAUUAAUUUGUGAUUGAAUUGCCUCUUGUUAUACUUAUUAAAACAGUUUGACAAGCAGGAAAUGUUCAUGGGCCAAUUGAAAUGGUCUGUAGUUCACUGUUCUUAUCAUAAUGACAAAUACUAAUUCAAUUAAUUAUUUUAAGCCUCGUUUUUUUUUUUAUUUAUGCUUAAAACAAAAAGACAAAUUUGAGUAAAGGGAAAAGUAAAAUAUUUAUGUUGUACUGAUUUGGGUACUGUUAAUACUGAAGAAAUGCUGAUUCAUUUUAUUAUACUACAAUGGUCAAUUUCUUCACCAAAAGAGGAAAAACAAACACUCGAAUCUGUGUGUGAACCAAGUCAGAGGGCAUUGGUUGGUUCUUGUUUUUGCUGAUUGAACAUGUUUAGCCUCUGUUUGUCGGGUCGAGGAAUGCCUGAGAAUUAAUGUACUGUAAUCUGGUGAUUGUCCAUAGUGUGAAUUAGCCUUAAUACAGCAUUAUGGCUGAAGCUACUGACCUUAACUGAGCAUUCUGAGCAGAAAUAAAGUAAAUAUGUUGGUCAA